UGCCAACAGACUCUACUCUUCUUCGCCGCAAGCCGCCUAUACACCAUCUUGACCGCACAAGCAUAUCGCCAGCAUGGACUCCGCGACCGUUUCCUGCGAUACUGGCAACGCCUAUGAUGGACGUAUCGGCCUGAGAGUCUCCGCUCUUUUCGUCAUCCUGGUUGGGUCUACCCUCGGUGCGGUCUUUCCGGUCUUCGCUGCACGGCACCCAGGUGUGGGCGUUCCAGAAUGGGCAUUCUUCGUGGCCAAAUACUUCGGAUCGGGAGUCAUCGUUGCGACUGCCUUUAUUCAUCUUUUGGCCCCAGCAAAUGAAGCUUUGACCAACCCUUGCCUGACUGGAGCGAUCACCGACUACACCUGGGUCGAAGGCAUUGCAUUGAUGACCAUCUUUGUCCUCUUCUUCGUGGAAAUCAUGGCCAUGCGCUUCGCCACGUUUGGACAGAACGACCAUCCACACGACAUCAACAUCGAGGAGAAUUCUGCGGAGCACGUACCGAAGGAGCUCGAGUAUCAAGACGAAGCGUCCACCUCUAAGGAAGGCGGAGCGCCCGCCAAGCAACAUCGAGGAUCCUUCGCUCCCGGUAACGACCAUCUGGGCCACACGCGUGAUCACGUAGACGCUGGCGACAAUGACAAGACCGCCGAGGUUGCCGAGCUGGGUGUCAAGAAGUUCGACGCGGAUUCCUACGCCGCCAGGAUGACGGCCCUCAUGAUCCUCGAAUUCGGCAUCAUCUUCCACAGCGUGUUCAUUGGGUUGACCUUGGCGGUCGCGGGUGAAGAAUUCAACACCCUCUACGUCGUCCUCGUUUUCCACCAGACGUUCGAAGGUCUUGCGCUUGGGAGUCGACUCGGGAGCAUGGAAUGGCCACGCAGCAAACGAUGGACGCCUUACCUCAUGGGCGUCGGUUACGGUCUUUCCACGCCCAUUGCGAUCGCCAUCGGCCUCGGGGUCAGGACGACAUUCAAGCCCGAGUCGCAAACCACACUGAUCGUGAACGGCGUCUUUGACAGUCUCUCGGCGGGUAUCCUGAUCUACACUGGUCUGGUCGAAGUGAUGGCACAUGAGUUCAUCUUUUCAACUCACAUGAACCAGGCCCCCGUCAAGGUCGUGUUGCAAGCUUUCGGAUGGAUGACGCUCGGUGCAGCCCUCAUGGCGUUGCUAGGAAAAUGGGCUUAGUAAUCGAUCAGACGUGGCUCUGCUUCUUCAUGAAAAAGUGUCGGUUUUGCGUUGCAUACAGGAGUCUUUUCCGAUCAAAUCCAGCGCUUAGAUCGAUGCAUUACGACAGCUUCCAUUGUCUGCAUACCCUUCGUAUUUACCGAACAAUCGUUCCAAUCGUUCCACCAUACGUGUAUUCUAUUGUCGAGC